AUGAAGCUUGAGAAAAUUCCCUUUGCUGAUUUUGCAAAUCACUGUGAUCUCUCUGACACAACUGUUUUGUGUAGUGAAGAGAAGCAACUUUCAGAGGUCAUUGUUGAUUAUAGUUACUCUCCUGGUGAUCAGAUGCUCAUAAGAUACGGAAAGUUUUCAAAUGCAAGACUCCUUUUGGACUUUGGAUUUACUCUCCCUUGUAAUGUGUAUGACCAGGUUGAAGUUGAGCUGACUAUACCUCAUGAAGACAAACUACGUCAGUUGAAGUUGGAGCUUUUGAGCAAACAUCAGAUACCAAUUCUCAAAGAUGUCAAUGGAUUCAGUUCCUCUGAGAAUUCGUUUGUACUCAAGGAAGUUAGGUUUGCUGACGCUCAAGGUAGGGGAAUUCCACAGUCAAUUCGUGCAUUUGCUCGUGUUCUGUGCUCCAAUUCUCCACAAGAGAUAAAUUAUUUGGCCAUGGAAGCUGCAGAAAAUGAUGGUCGGGUGGCUCGGCGUCCACUAAAGGACAAGAGCAGAGAGAUUCAAGCACAUCAGUUUUUGCUCUCAAAAAUCACUGGGCUAAUAGAUGAGUAUAAUGCAUCUAUUAAGUCAUUGGAGCUGCCUACUCUCUGCAUGGUUGGAAAAAUUGAUAUGCGGAGACAAAUGGCUCAAUACCUUCUCACGGGCUACAUUGUUUGCUCUCAUAUAGAUGCAGAUAUAAUAUUGGGGAAAGGGAGGUCCACUUUUUCUUUCCUGGAAUGUUUAAAUUGCAAUUUUAUGGGGAACAAUAUUAUUAGAAUCAACUAUAAUACUAUUGGUUUUGUAAAAUUUUCACUCGUCACAUUGCGGAUGCGAAGAUGCAUGAAGCAUGGAAAGAGGGGAAAGGACGAUUGAUUAACCACUAGACUCUUCUCAUGGAUAACAUAGUUGUGUUCAGAAAUUCCUGAACUUGUACAAUAAGCUCCCUGCCUUUCGUUUUCUGUAACUUAUCUUCCAGUUUCUCUUUUCCUUAUCUGUCUUUUUGGUUGC